CUCGACAUUGCUGUUUGACUCAUUCUGACUGACGCAGGCGGCCAAGCUCCCCUGCUCUGUGCUGGCUAAGUGUCUAUGACACUUCCUCAUCAGAAGGGGAUCCUCUAGGUCAAGGCUGUGGAACGCUGAGCCACUGGGGAGCCAGGCUGACAACAGGCAGCGACUUGGGCUGAGGGGCUAUGGCCUCUCUGGGGACCCUUAAGAGACUUUCAUGAGCUUCGUGACACCCCUACUUCUGGUUCUUUUGCCUCAGUAGCGAGUCUCUGCCCUGUCCCCACGUGUGAGCAGUUUAUGUCUCAUGUCCCCGGGUCUGUACCUCUGUCCGUCUUUCUUUCUCUGAGUUUCAGAUCGCUUUUCCUUGAGUCCCCUCCACAGCUCACUAGCUGCCACUAGCCUCUUGUUUACCACACUCUGCCCCCAGGUCGUUAUCUUAGUGGGGGACACCGUGAGCCUGGCAAGCUGGACUGGGGAAUCGCCACUGGGUCCUCCUUUACUCCAUUUUCAUUCUGCUCACCACACUUUGAUUAUUUCUUCAUUUGGCGGCUUGUUUUGUAAAUGCCAAGCACCUACGAUGUACCAGGCAUGGUGUAGGUAGCUCUUGGUGAGCAAAACCAGCCAACAUCCUGCUCAGUUUUGGAAAUUGACAAAUAAUGUCAUUGAGAAACAUGUCGGUGCUGGAAACAGCACUCAGCGAGCAGAGGGCUCGACCAGCAUCGCGAGGCCGCGGGUCAGUUCCUACCACCUCAUAAACAAGGUGUGGUGCUCUACACCUGAAUCUCAGUGCUCAAGAUGUGGAGUCAGGAGGUCAGAUACAGGUUAUCUCGGCUACGUAUGGAGUUGAAGGCUAACCUGAGCUACACUAGUACUUGUCAAGGAAGGAAGGAAGAGAGAGGAGAGAGAGAGAGAGAGAGAGAGAGAGAGAGAGAGAGAGAGAGAGACAGAGACAGAGACAGAGACAGAGACAGUUGUUUGGUGAUGGGACAAAGAAGACUUCCCAAGGAUAGGCAUGCGAGAGAGAGCAGUAAUGAGCUAGACAAGAUCAGAGACUUUGGCUUCUAAGCAGGCAGAACAACUGUGUUUAAGUCCAAAUGAGAUGGAAAGAGUGAGGUAUGGCCUUCCCAGAGCGAGCCAGUGAGUUUUAAGACAAAGUAGGGACAUUGAGGGGUGACAGAUUUAUAUGCAAAAUCUGUCUCACUGCAGUGUGGAAACAUCAGAUUGGGUGGGGCUUGAGGAGCGUGAGACGAGAAUGCGCCCAGUGACGUCCUUUAAAAUUAGAUCGAUUCAUUUUAUUUUACGUGUGUUUUGCCUGCAUGUAUUUGUGCACAUGGUCCUGCCUGGUGCCUGUGGAGGUCGGAAGAGGGAAUCAGAGCCUAUGAAACUGGAGUUCCAGUCAUUCUGAAUCACCGUGUGUGUUGGGUACCGAACUCCGGUCCUCCGCAAGAGCACAAACACUCCUAACCACUGAUCCAUUUCCCAAGUUCCAGUUCCUUCUCUCCUCAAGCCAUGACCACCAGCCCAGACUUGCCUCGUCUCUUCCCUGGGUCUGAUUUACUUUUGACAUCUGUCAAUAGGAGAAGAUGGAUAACCAACGAUCCUUUACUGAACUCAAAAUGAGAAUUCAACCCCGUGCUGUGGCCUUCAGACCUAGUUAGUUCCCUCUCUGGUGUCCCGUGUGUCCACAGCUGUCCUCGUGUGCCUUCCCUAGGUCUUAGUCUAGGAAAGGGGAAGUGGGGGACAGAAAUAGAUUAGUCCAAGUCAACUCUGAGGCCGAGGCCGCGGGCUAGGGAGUUGAUCCACAUUAGAGCGUGGCCAGGCUGAAGCAAGGGUUUCAGGCUAAGGGAAGAGGACCAGAGCCUAUGCUUGGGAGGCACUCAGGGGCCAGACAAGACCACAGGUAUCCAUGCCGGGGGGUGGUUACUGAAGACAGGACCCAGAGCAGUAGGUGGGAGCAUAUGAGCCCCAGACUAGCGGAGAACUGAUGUUUCUAGUUAGCUAGAACCCUCGCUGGUAAAGGAUGGGCAGCUGUCUAUGAUGUCUGAGGCCCUGGGUUUGAUCCCUGGCACCAGGAAAAUAAUAAUAAUCACAGGUGGGACUCGGAGAUUUGGGCCUGAGAGAGCCAAUGACAAAGGCAGACUUGGGGCUGACUUGGUGGGAAGAAUGGGCCGACAGCCAAGUUCCUCACACUCUACCUGUCUGAAGCCCAAAUAAACCUUAUAGCCAGCCUCAGGGCUAGAACUAGAAGGCUCAGAGACCAGAACCAGGCAACCCUGGCCCUUUCCACACCAAGGUCAAAACCACAGUCACACCCAUAACACAGUCAAGGCCACUGAAGGCUAGCCCAAAGAGCUGUGACUGCUGGGGAACCCCACAAACACUAAGGUAAGUGAACCUCAGCGUGAGUAUGGUCCUGGGAGUAGCCCUGAGGAGGGUCUCUGGGGACCAUAACUGUUUGUGGUUGGCAUGGUAACCAGGAGACUAUGACAUCCUUAAGGGUGGGCGGGGUCACAGAACACAAGCUUUAAAGUAAGUGAAUCAUAUGUGGCUCAUUUAAUUUUAAAGGAGGCCUCUGAGCAGAGCUUAGAACAAUUUUUUCCUCUGAGUGCCGUUUCCCAAAGGUACUCACAGAACAAUAAGGUGUGACCAUAAUGGCUGCACUGAGUUGUCUUUUGGACAGUGUUAGAAGGGACAUAAAGAAGGUGGACAGAGAAUUAAGGCAACUGAGAUGUAUCGACGAGCUCAGCUCCCGCUGCCUGUGCGACCUCUACAUGCACCCGUACUGCUGCUGUGACCUGCACCCCUACCCCUACUGCCUCUGCUACUCCAAGCGAUCCCGCGCCUGCGGCCUGUGCGACCUCUACUACCCGUGCUGCCUGUGCGACUACAAGCUCUACUGCCUUCGCCCAUCGCUCCGCAGCCUAGAGAGGAAAGCAAUCUGCGCCGCUGAGGAUGGGAAAAGAGAGCUGGUCAAACUCAGAAGGACCACCAACAGAAUCCUGGCCUCAUCUUGCUGCAGCAGCAAAAUCUUGGGAUCGGUUAACGUGUGUGGCUUUGAGCCCGACCAAGUCAAAGUGCGCGUCAAAGAUGGGAAGGUCUGUGUGUCAGCCGAGAGGGAGAACAGGUACGACUGCCUCGGAUCCAAAAAGUACAGUUACAUGAACAUCUGCAAAGAGUUCAGCUUGCCGCCAUGCGUGGACGAGAAAGACGUGACCUACUCCUACGGGCUCGGCAGCUGCGUCAAGAUCGAGUCUCCCUGCUACCCGUGCACAUCUCCCUGCAACCCCUGCAACCCCUGCAACCCCUGCAACCCCUGCAGCCCCUGCAGCCCCUGCGGCCCCUGCGGCCCCUGCGGCCCCUGCGGCCCCUGUGACCCUUGCAACCCCUGCUACCCUUGUGGAAGCCGAUUCUCCUGUAGGAAGAUGAUCUUGUAA